UGCUGAAGAAUGAUCGAUCAUCAUCAUCAUCUCGUCUUCUCUCCCUGACAAAUUCACCGGCGAGAGAGAGAGGCACAAUUUUUUGAAAUUUCUCUUCAAUUUCGUAUGCGAUUCCAAUUAGUUUUCGCGAGACUUUGGAUCCGUGGAGGAGGAGGAGGAGGAGAUGGAGAAUGGGGAAAACAGGUUGGAUCGGAAGAGGACGAUGACGAUGAACUGGGAAGGAUUGGGGGAUUUCGAAGACGACGACGAUAGAUUCUUCGAAACUCAUGAUCGUCUCUCUUCCGCUCUUACUUUCGACAUGGACGGCUCUUCUUCCGACGAGGACGACGGUUUCGACGACUGUCGAAUCUCGUUUUCCUCCGCCGUCUCUUCCUUAACCUCCGUUUCCAACGCCUCCCGGAAAUUCCGUACUCCGGCUAUGUCGCCUGAUUACGAUAUCUGGAUGGCUGCUCCGGGCUCGAUCUCCGAGCGCCGUCGUCGUCUCCUCCACGGAAUGGGCCUCGUCAGCAAUAAAGAUAUGGUCUCGAUUCGCCGCGUGGUCUCUAACGCGACCAUUGUUAGCAACGGCGAAGAUAAGAAGAAGAAGAAGAACGGUGAAGUGGAGGCUAAAGAUGAUGUUCCCGGUGAAUCGGAGCCUCUCGAUAACGACCACGCUCCUCUCGUCCCGGUUAUGUUUGCUCGGUCGAGAUCGGAAUCUGACAUCGAGAGGUUUCUGAUUGAGAAAUGGAGGAAAGAGGAGCUUCUCGGGAAAAUCUCGAAGCAGCGUCUCACAAGAACCUUUUCGACAAUCGGAGUUACACGGACCAGAAUUUGCCAGUACCAAACACCAAUCAGACAAUCCCCUGCGAAGGCCUCUCGUGGUGGCUCAGAUUCAUUGACAUCGGUUAUGUCGUCGAAAGCCAGGCUCGGUGCGUUUUUCUUGAUAAAGAAUCUUGACACUGGAAAGGAAUUCAUAGUGAAUGAGUAUGAUGAAGAUGGAAUGUGGAACAGGCUUAGUGAUUUGCAGACGGGGAAGCAGUUAACUUUGGAGGAAUUUGAGAAAUGCGUUGGGUAUUCUCCUGUGGUUAAAGAGCUUAUGCGUAGAGAGAAUGUGAACAGGAUUAACUACGAACCUUUGAUGGAUCUUAGGAAAUUCAAUUCGUAUUUGUCAAAGAGCGUGAGGCUGAGCAAGAGAAGAGGAGCUGCAUUGUUGAAGAACAUAAAAGGUGUUGCUCAUUCUAUGAGUUUAAGAGUUGCAGAUAAAGAUGUAAGCGAUGGAAGCACCGAUAGUCCUAAGAAAGGGAAAGAUCAUAAACAUGGCAAAGCUAAUGAGUGGGUGAAAGUGAGGCCAACAGGGAAGUCUUACAAGGAAUUGAGCGCUUUGCAUAUGUGUCAAGAGAUUCAAGCUCACGAGGGUGCGAUUUGGACUAUCAAGUUUAGUCCAGAUGCUCAUUAUCUUGCGAGCGGAGGACAUGAUAAAGUCAUUCAUGUUUGGGAAGUGCAAGAAUGUGAACUAAUGUCUAUGAAUGAAGGGAGUCUCACUCCGAUUCAUCCUUCGCUUUGUGACUCUGUGGAAAGAUCAUUUGCUGGUAAUGAGAUAACUGUGGUGGAAAAGAAAAAGAAGGGAAAAGGCUCAUCAGGAAGAAGAAGCAAUCAUAUUCCUGAAUAUGUACAUGUUCCUGAAACCGUCUUCUCCUUUUCAGAGAAACCUGUUUGCUCUUUAAAGGGUCAUUUGGAUCAGAUUUUGGAUUUGUCAUGGUCCAAAUCUCAGCUUCUCCUUUCGUCUUCCAUGGACAAAACAGUCAGGUUAUGGGAUCUAGAAACCAGAACAUGUCUCAAAAUGUUUGCCCACAAUGACUACGUUACAUGUAUUCAGUUCAACCCAGUAGAUGAAAAUUACUUCAUAAGUGGGUCACUUGACGCUAAGAUAAGGAUAUGGAGCAUACAGGAUCGACAUGUUGUAGAAUGGAGUGAUCUUCAUGAAAUGGUCACUGCUGCUUGCUAUACCCCAGACGGUCAGGGUGCGCUUAUUGGAUCACAUAAAGGAAUGUGCCGUGCUUACGAUACAGAAGAUUGUAAGCUGAACCAAACUAAUCAAAUUGAUGUCCAGAGCCAUAAGAAAUCGCAUGCGAAAAGGAAGAUCACUAGUUUUCAGUUCUCCCCGGUGAAUCCAUCUGAAGUUCUUGUCACAUCAGCUGAUUCACGGAUAAGAAUUUUAGACGGUUCCGAAGUUAUUCACAAGUUCAAAGGCUUUACAAACACAUGCAGCCAAAUCUCGGCUUCGUACAGCCAAGACGGGAAAUACGUAAUCUGUGCGAGUGAAGACUCUCAGGUUUACCUGUGGAAAAGCGACAGUCAUCGAACAUCAUCAGAGACAGGAAAAAGAUCAGCAGUCAUGACACAAUCACACGAACAUUUUCAUUGCAAAAAUGUCUCAGCCGCUGUCCCUUGGCACGGUCAUGUUAGAGGCGAACCACCACCGGUUCAGAUUCACUCAAAGCGCCACUCAAAACGCAUAUCCACUUCGAGCCAGCCUGCGUCCGCUACAGGCUCACCAACAAAAGACGAAACACCGGCUGCACCAACUACAUCUAACCGGAACAAGAAACCGGGAUUACCUCCUAUACCAAAGAAAACCGCUACGCAGAGUCCACAGCAACAACCGGAGGAAGAGUUGGGACCGGAGAUAGGAAGCAGCGAGUCGUUUGGGUCGAGCAUGAACGGUUUGGAGCAGCCUUCGUCGAGGUUUGGGGAAUCUCCGUCCAUAAACACGUCGUCUAGGUUAUCCUCGUGGUCGUGGUUCGAUAGUGGAGGCCACGGUCCACAAACUAUACAGCCGACGGCUUGGGGGAUGGUGAUUGUGACGGCUACAAUCCAUGGUGAAAUCCGUUCUUAUCAAAAUUUUGGGUUACCGAGAAGAAUCGGUCGCCAAACCACUCUGUUUUGAUAGUAAUGUUUAUUUUUCUUGAUGAUUUGUUGUGGUUGCUUGUAGAGUACGUAAAGAAGCCUACUUACUGAAACAACCGUCAUUAGUGUUGAGAACCUCUCUCGACGUUUAUAUUAUUGAGUUGUAUUGUAUCGAGUCCCCAAGAAAAUUGUGUAGCUCUCCAAAUAGAAAUCAAAACAAUU